CCAGAGGAGUUACUUGUGCCCUUGUCCCUAAGCCCCAUUGCCCUCUCGUCCUGUCUCCCGCAAAGGCCCAGACCUGACCCCUACUGACCCUGAGGACAGUGUGUCCCUGGCUGUGAGCACCACAGCUCAGGCCUUGUUUAAUUCCUCCCUCACUCCUGGCCAGCUUCCUGCAGUAGCAGGCCAGGUGGGUGGGGUAGUAAGUACCCAGUUAAGUGGAGGUGAAGGCAGUGAGGUGCAUUCUGCUGCUCAGAAAUGCAGAGGUAAGUGCCACUGGCUAGAACGGGUCCAGACUGCACCCCCAGAGCUGCCUCCCUGCUGGCUGGACUCCCUGCACUGAGCCUCAGUUAGCCAGCGAGCAGUGGCACCACUUCAGCUAUUUCUUGGGGCAAAUUCCAGGCCCUGCCAGCCCCUCCAACCGCAGAGACUCCAGAUCUCCUCCUGUCUCCCCUCUCUCUUACCCACACAGUGCAUGAGCCAGGGCUGCCAGAAGUCACGUUCUUGGCAGACUCCCCUCUGCUGUGCCAUAUGGGAACGGGAGUAAUAUUUGAUGCAGUACAGUACAGCACCCCCUGCCCCUCUCUCUGGACAGUCUGGAUGGAGGGGUGGCCCGGCCAAAUUUCAGUGACGUUGGGACCUCACAACUGGAGCAAUACUGACUUAGCUGAGAGGAAUGCUGCUUAACCCCCUCUCUCCCGCUGGCUCCAUGGCCUAUGCAACUUUGAGCAAAUGCAAAAACCUUGCAGGGGGUGGGAGGGAAGUGUUCACACACGCCCUUGACUCCCUUCUCCCCGCUCCCCCCUGCGCACACAGUUGGCUCCACAGCAGAGAGCAGCUGCUUAGGAGGCUGUGGUCCUCCAAAAUGCGUCUGAUUCAUUGAUCCCAACUUAGGUCUCCAGCUGCCUCUCCCCCUCUUUCGCCUGGUUUGGGGUGGGGGGGUGGAUGGAGCAAAGCUGUGUUGUGUGUGCUUGUGCACAAGUGCUUCUGCAGGGCAUCCACCUCACGUGGGCAAGAAGCAGGCACAACAAUGCACAAGGACAAGGCUCCCUCCCCUCCUGACAAGCCCGGGAACUGGCGGCCACCUGGAAUGGGCGCUGGGUCCAGCCUGUGGGAAAGGAGGCACCUGAGCUGUGUUUGUGCCCAUCUAGUCUGGGCUCUGCUUACAGCCCCUGGAAGGGAACUAGCCCUAAGAGUCUGGGUCGGUGUCCCUGUGGGGCCCUUCCUUGGUGAGCGCAUGGCAGUGCCUUGGGGUGUGUGCUGGAGCAGGGUCUGCGAGCCCCAGGCAGGGGGUGGGCAUGUGAAUGCAGCCCAGGGGAGGUGAGCAAUGUCAUGGCUACUAGAGAGACUGUCUGACCUCAGAGCCUUUUCUUCUGCAGGACUUGAGGAUACCAAGGAGUUAACCUUGAAAUUUGAAUUCAACCCCAAGGACGGGAUUGAUAACCCAGCCCUGUCACUGGCUGAGGACUCCGAUACAGAAGGCGCAGAGAAGCCACGGUUCUACCUGCUGACCAAGGGCGAUGGGGAGAGCUUUGGGUUCUGCCUACGUGAGGAGGUGCGGAACAAGGGGCACAUCAUCCGGCAGGUCACAUGCGGGGGGAUGGCCCAGCGCAGGGGCCUGCAGGACGGGGACCGGAUCCUGGAGGUGAACGGUGAAUAUGUGGACAACAUGGAGCACUUCAGGGUGGUGCAGAAGAUCAAGGCCAGUGGUAACCAGGUGGUUGUUGCAGUCCUGGAUGGCAAUGCCUACGAAGUUGCAAAAGCCCUCGACAGGAACCUGGCAGAGCUGCUGCCAGGCCACACCAGGCCACAGCUCUGCCACAUCGUGAAGGACAAAAGUGGCUUUGGCUUCAGUGUUUCAGCUCCAGAAGGUGUGAAGGGCACGUUCCGGCUGUCUGUCAUGAGCGACAGCCCAGCGGAUAAAGCGGGUGUCCCCUCUGACUCCUGGCUGCUCGAGCUCAACGGGGCCAGUGUGAGGAACUACACUUACGCACAGCUCACCAGGAAGCUCAAGCAAAGUGGCAGCAAAGUGACCCUGCUGGUGAUAGAUGCCAAGUCGGAGGAGUUCUACCGGCAGCAGGGUGUCAGGGUCAUAGCUGCCAUGGCCGAUGCCGCCACGCUGCCCUUCAAGGCCAGGAAGCUGCACAUGGUGAAAGGUCCAGAUGGCUACGGGUUCCUGCUGAAGGAAGAGAAGUGCAGCUCAGGGACGAUGGGCCAGUUCCUGAGUGAGGUGGAUACUGGGCUGCCAGCCGACAGGGCCGGGAUGAGGGAUGGAGACCGGCUCCUGGCUGUGAACGGUGAGGGCGUGGAGGGGCUGUGCCACCAGGAGGUCGUGGACAUGAUCCGUGCUGGCGGCAACCAGGUGACGUUGCUGGUCAUCGAUCCAGAUGGAGACAAAUUCUACAGCUCGAUUGGGCUGUCCCCGCUGCUGUUCUGUGAAGAUGGGCACCCUUCAUCGGGCACUCCGACCACCCCAGGAUCCCAUCCCAGCAUGCCUCAGGGAAAUGGCGCACCCAUCGGCACACCCCGCCUCUGCCACCUUGACAUGGGGCCGGAAGGGUACGGAUUCCAGCUGCAGACUGUCACCAACAAGCCGGGGGUCUUUAUCACGCAGGUGGCCACGGGCAGCGGCGGGAAGCGAGCAGGCCUGAAGGAGGGGGACGUGGUGAUUGAGGUCAACGGGAGGAACGUGGAGCAGGAGAGCUACAAAGAGGUGCUGGGGAGGAUAAAGGAGAGUGGGCAGCAGCUGACAUUGCUGGUGGUGGAGCAGGAAGAGCUCAGGAGCUACAGGGAGAUGGACCUUGCAGUCACGGCCGAUAUGGCAGAGGGCGGCGAUGCUGCUGCCAGGGCCGAGGCCCUGCUGGGUUCUAGGCAGGAGCCACGGUGUGAGGAAUGGAAGGGACUGAGUCAGUCAUUCUAGCCACUCUGUUCUGGACCCGUGGGCUCAGCGCAAUCCCAGUUCUGGAGAGGCUUCAAACCACGACCCAGACCAACCCUGGACACGCGAUUUUGCACGCACGAUAACUUGCACUUUGAUUCUUCCCUUGCUCUGAUUUCCUGGUGAGCCGCUGCACCAAUCAGCUGAUCUUGGGACUUUAAAGCUGUGAGAUUAGCCUCACAG